GGCUGGUUAUUUCUGAAAUAAAACAUGUGUAUAUCUGUAUUCAUAUGGAAAUCUCACCCAAUAUACCCCCUUCUUCUCUUCCUCAACAGAGACGAAUACCACUCUCGUCCGACGACGCCUCUGGGAUGGUGGCACGACGGCGAAAUACUCGGCGGAAGAGAUGAGGUCGCCGGCGGUACCUGGUUGGCUUGCGGCAGGGACGGGAAGCUUGCCUUUGUUACCAAUGUCAGGGAAAUCCGAUCCAAUUCUCAACUCAAAAGUAGAGGAGAUCUCCCUGUUCGCUUCCUCACUAGCAAGAAGAAUCCGCAAGAAUUUGCGGAGGAAGUGAUGGGUGAAGUAGAUGAGUUCAGUGGGUUUAAUCUAAUAGUAGCUGAUGUAUGCUCCAUGAGUAUGGUUUACAUAACAAACAGGCCCAAACAAGGUGCUCCAUUUGUAGCACAAGUCUCUCCUGGUAUUCACGUCUUGUCAAAUGCUAAUCUCGACACACCAUGGCCUAAGGCUGAAAGGUUGAGGCAUAGUUUCGAAGAUGUAGUUAGAAAGCGUAUAGAAGGUGAAAUAUCAUUGAAAGAGAUGAGCGGAACCCUGAUGAAUGACACCACCAAGGAUGAGGACGAAAGCAAGCUGCCUCGCAUUUAUCCCCCUGAAUUUGAAUACCUUUUGAGUGCCAUUUUCGUCGAAGCAGAUACACCUUCUGGGCGAUACGGGACAAGAAGCAGCUCUGGAGUGGCUGUGAACACAAGGGGAGCAGUAUCCUUUUACGAAAGGAGUUUGGAAACAGAUGUAUGGAAGGAGCUCACUGUAAACUACCAUAUUCAAUCCAAGAAAGCUGCUGCUACAUAUUGAGGUACUGUCUGUCUGUCUCUCAAUACAAAAUAGUUUCACUGUUGUUCUAUUUUGUAUCAGUUGUAAAUUGUAAUGUUCUCAGGAAUAAAUGAAGCCAAUGUUUCCUAAGGUUUGUAGUUAGAUAUGUCUCUGAAGAAACAUCACUUUAUUUUUCAAAUUCACCUUCUGUAGUCGAAAUUAUUUUGUUACAAACAAA